UGCCCCUGUGGACACAUCCGUGUGUCCUUGUGUGCAGUCCCGGGACGUGCUGUGUGCUGAGGGGGCAUUUUAACUACCUACCUCUGAUGAUCGGGAGGUGCUGUGCGCAGAUAAACCCCCCGGCACCCCGCUAACUGCAGCUAUUACGGAUCGCUCUCUAUUAUACAUCGCUUGCGUUCCUCGGUAAUGAUCAAUAAGGUCCGGGCAGCCGUGUCCGGGCUGGUGGAGUCUCUGUCCUACAAGCACAGCACGCAGCCUGCCACCUGCACCCCGGAGCAGCAGCACCCCGAGGCCCGGAUCCCGAGUUCCACGCUUACCUGCCGGCCUGCCUUCUUAAAUCUGACACCUGAGGAGCUCCAGGGAUCCAAGGAUCACACUGCAAGGACGGUACUGAGCCUCAAGUCCCCCGGCGACCUGCACUGGGGCACCGGCUAUGCAGAAGUGAUCAAUGCAGGAAAAAGUCAAUAUAAUGAGGAUCAGGCUUGCUGUGAAUAUGUAAUUGUGCAAAGUAGAGAUGAAGAAUUCAAUUACAAUUGCGAAGAAUCAGUGCAGCUUGAGCAGAAGAGGCAACAAUCUUUGGAUAAGGUCGAAAGCAGAAUUCGUUUCUACUACUGGGGGCUCUUUGACGGUCACGCGGGUUGUGGAUGUGCUUCAUUCGCAUCAAGGUUUCUCCACUAUCACAUUUGUGACCAGCUGAGGGACUUGGUGUCUAUCUUGCAGCAGCCCGUCGAUGCGGCUGCUCCACUCUGUCUUGUGCAGGAAACAACACCCGAGAAUGUGGUGGGCACUCUGACUCAUGAGAAAAUGGAGCCACCCUUGAAGGCCACAGUUCGCUUUCAUCUUGAAAAACAAGUCUUUCCUGAGAGUCUUGUCAUAGGUGCACUUGAAAAUGCCUUCAAGGAGAUGGAUAAACAAAUUGAAAGAGAAAGGACUAUUUACAAAAUUGAUGGAGGUUGCUGUGCGCUAGUAGCUGUGUAUCUAAUGGGAAAGCUGUAUGUAGCCAAUGCAGGAGACAGCAGAGCCAUAAUCAUCCGGCAGGGGAGAACCAUUCCAAUGUCACAAGAGUUCACUCCGGAAACAGAGAGACAGAGACUGCAAUUUCUAGCUUUCUUGAAACCGGAGCUAUUAGGAAAUGAGUUUACAUAUUUAGAGUUCCCAAGGCGUAUUCAGCAGAAGGAACUCAAAAAGCGAAUGUUGUAUCGAGAUCACACCAUGACAGGCUGGGCCUACAAAACCAUUGUGGAAGACGAUAUGAAAUUUCCCCUUAUCUAUGGGCAAGGGAAAAAGGCUAGAGUUAUGGCAACUAUUGGAGUGACUCGAGGACUUGGAGACCAUGACCUUAAAGUGUACAAUUCCAACAUUUACAUCAAGCCUUUCCUUUCCUGUGUCCCGGAUGUGAAAGUUUAUGACCUUACAGUAUGCGAGCCCAGCACAGAUGAUGUCAUGGUCUUGGGCACAGAUGGACUAUGGGAUGUUAUUAGUGACCAAGAAGUAGCUGAUAUUGUACAAAGGGUAUUUGCAUCUCAUGAGAAUUACCUACCAAACAGGUAUAGCCUUGUGGCCCAAGAGCUUGUUCUUCGAACUAGAGGGAUCCUCAAGGAAAACAACUGGAGACUACCUAAUGGUUCACUAGCCUCUGUAGAUGACAUUUCUGUUUUUGUUAUUCCUUUGGCCGGACACCGAAGCUGAAGAAGAAAUGAUCAUUGGUACACAGUUAUAACAAGCCGAAAGCACUUUAAUGUUUUGGGUUUUUUCUCAUCUGUUUGUGUUUAAUGGUAUCCAUAACAGACUUUUUUGUAGAAAAAAAUCUAUGAUACUAAAAAUCUAUGACAUUC